AUGCGAGCCAUUUCCAUUUUGUGUAUAAUUCUACAAAUUUUGGCCAUCGGUCGAACGGAAUCGGGGGAUUUUGAAAAACUCGUUAUUCCCGUAAAUUAUCCAAAACCGGAAACAAAGAGUGCAGUCCAUGGUAACGAGACAUCCGGACACUCGGUGGCCGCGCGUUCCUACUACGAUGGUGGCUUCUCCGCCUCCCAGUCCAGCUGCUCCGUGGGCACGGAGUGCACGCCCCUCCACGACUGCACCGCUCUAAUCUACGAAGUGGCCAGGAGCUGUUUCUACGGCGAUAAGUCGCUCUACUGCGGCGGGACAAGUGAGGAGCUACCCUACGUCUGCUGUCCCAGCAGUCCCUUGGAGAAGAACCAGGUGUGCGGCAAGUCCUUGGUUCAAGGACACUUUUACAAGGGACUGGGAUCGUAUCCCUUUGUGGCACGCAUUGGAUUCAAGCAUGUCAAUACGGGAGCAUUUGCCUAUCCCUGUGCCGGAGCCGUCAUCGCCAGGCGGGUCAUCCUCACUGCAGCCCACUGCGCUCUGGCCAAGGCCGACGGGCAUCGAUUAUCAUCGGUACGGGUGGGCGAGUACGAUACGUCCAGCGAUCCGGACUGCGCCAACACCGGAUUCUGUGCCCCGCGCUCCGUCAACCACGCCAUCAGCCAUGUGAUCGUGCAUCCCGAUUACAAGCAGGGCCAGUACCACCAUGACAUUGCCCUGUUGGUACUCAAAACACCACUAAACUAUUCGGUGGCCACACAACCCAUCUGCCUGCAGAAGACACGCGCCAACCUGGUGGUGGGAAAGCGGGCCACGAUCGCCGGCUGGGGAAAGAUGUCCACCUCGAGUGUCCGGCAGCCGGAGAUGUCCCACUUGGAUGUUCCACUCACAAGCUGGGAUCUGUGUCUUAGGAACUAUGGAUCAACGGGCGCUUUGGAGUCACCCAACUCUAUUGAGGGCCAGUGGAUGUGCGCAGGCGGCGAGGGCAAGGAUGUGUGUCAGGGAUUCGGAGGGGCGCCCCUGUUUAUCCAGGAGAACGGUAUAUUUUCUCAGAUCGGCAUCAUGUCCUUCGGAUCGGAUAACUGCGGCGGAUUGCGCAUCCCAAGUGUCUACACUUCUGUGGCCCACUUUGCCGAGUGGAUACACGACAACACGCCGCCAGAGUAGGCUCCUCCUCUCCUAAGCUAAGCCAAUAAACUUAAAGUAAAUUAAAAAAUUGCAUUUUAACCGAAAAGCUGCGAUUCUUUAAAACUAAAAACAAUACGACGACACUAACGAAAAAAAAGAGAAAAUAAAAGAACCUGCUCCACUGCGCAGCACUUUCCAAUGAACUGAUAUGUUGAUCUGAGCAUACACGCAUCCAAUAAUUUAAUUGAAUUAAUUGAACUUUGACACGAACCCCUCGCAGUCUUGAAAAAUAUACAUAAAAUGAUAUUUUAUACGAAUAAGAUGAC